CAUCUACCUGAUCUAAGCUUUGCCAUGUUGCUACCACUUCUGGGAGCCUGUGCCGUGGUGGGUCCAUUCCAGGGCCCUGAGUGGGAACCAGUAAGGGGCCUAUUGCCCCAGGAUCGAAGUUGCAGGGAUCCCCGGUGCUGUGGUAAUCUACUUGUCUUCUGUCUCUUUCUGAUCUGGCAGAUCCAACAGUAUUGGUACCGAGUCUCCAGGAACAGCAAGAGGAAUGCCACCAAGGUGCCACCGCAGAGAUGGGCAGUGUCAUCCACCAGACGUGAAACUUUCUUUGGGGUGAUUCCUGAAUUCUUUACUCAUGGAAAAAUCAGGGACCUGGAUGUUCCGGUCCAACAAUGGACACAGAAGCAGAGAUGGGGAUACAGGAAGAGCCUCAGACAACAAUGGGCCAACCGGUACCUAUUGUCUCCACAGAACCCAUGCCAAGAUCUGCCUUGGGUUGUCCACACCCCUUCUGAGCCUAUUUUUUGUACUUCUUCCUUUUCAAGCACUUGUCUUCUUCCUCAGGACAAUUCUUGGGAUAUAUGGCAGGUCCCCUGGUGUCCCAGCAAUAGCCAGGCUCACCCUUCCGUGGACAUAUGCCAAAGAAUAGAACAGCUGCUGGCUCCCUCCCAGGAGGAGCUGAUGCCAGUAAAGUCUAUUAGCCUGAAGUACAGAUCCACCUCCAGAGCUUUAGCCAUCUCUCCCCCAAACUUCCCUUUAGUUCGGAGGUCAAAGUUCUGCCUCAGAGGGUUUCUGCCUGGUCCUCUUAACCAACAAUUGGAACCAUCCACCAAGAAGUUCCUGGAUGGCCAACAAGAUCCCUUAGAACCACAGGGUAAAACCCAGAUAGUAGGCAGAGAAUAUAGUGAAGAUACCCCACAAUAUACAAACAAGAGAGAGAGAAGAAGGGAGGUUGCUUCAGAAAUACAAGCAUCUGGAGGCUCUCUCCCAAUAGACUGUGGAGUAGAGAACGAUAAAGAGGCUAAGGUACUGGACUGUGGAAACCAGAGACCAGUAAGGGAAACUGAUGGAGAGAUCUCAAUACCAGGGUGGGAGAAGCAAGACCAAAUGGGAACUGAAGAUAGAGAACAAACUGAGAAAGUAUUGAAGAAAACCCAGAGGGAACCUGGAGAUAAGAAUCCUUCUUCUACCCAGGCUUCUAUGGGAGACUGCCAAGAACAGUUCAGAUGUAAAACUGACAUGGCAACUCAGACAUCAGAGUGGGGGAACCAGGAGGAUGCUGCGGAGACUCUGGCUCUGGGGAAGAAGAGUGAGAAAGAAGCCAGAGGGAAGGAAAAGACAGAGGUCCAGGACCAAGCAUUAGAAACGCAGAGCUGGACUGGAAGUAAAAAUAGUGAGAAUCCCCAAAUGCUAAAUCAGGGGACACAAGACCAGUUCAGAGGUAAUACUGGUACAGAGAGAGAGGCGGAGGAAGGAAGAAACAAGGAUCAAUUUGGAAGAGAGGAUGGUGUGAAAAUGCAGACAUCUGGGAGGGAGAACUUGAGAGAAGUCAAACAAGAGGACAAUGAAGAGACCCAGGCCCUGGAGUGGGAGAAUCAGGGACGUAUAAGAACUCAGAAUGAGGUCCAGACUCCAGUGGGGGAGAUGCGGGCACAGACUGGAAGUGGAUUCGCCAGGAAGACACAAGCAUCUGAGAAAGAGGACCAGAAUCUGUCAAGACAUGAAGCUCAGGUGGGGAUGAAGCUCAAGGAGAUAAGAGAAGAGGACUGGGUUGUGCUCCAGGCACAAUGGUGGGGAAACCAGAGACUAAUGCUGGUUGCAGCUGACAGGGAACUCAAGAUAUCAUGUUGGGGAAAUCAGGAUCAGGUUGGAGGGGAACACAGUGCAGGAAUUCAGUCACUGAAGAGUGACCGAAGACAACGUGGAGGUGAUGGGACAAGUAACCUGACACCUGAGGCUGAGAAUCAGGGUCAACUAAGGGAUAAAACUGAUCUGGAGACUUACCCAGUAGGGAUAAAGAAGGAGGCAAAGACUGAACAGGAAAGUGGGAUGGAGAAGCUUAUACUUGGGAACAGAAACCUGAGAGGGGCUAAAGGCAAGGAUGAAGCAAGGACCCAGAAACUUGGGGAAGAAAAUCAAGAUCAGUUAGGAAAUGAAUUUCAUAAGAAGAUUCACAUACCAAAAUGGAAGAAUCGGGAACAGACUAGAGGCAACGAUAGUAUAAAUAAGCAGACAUCUGAGGCAGAGAACUGUGAAGAAAUAACAAGUAAAAACAUUGACGGUGCAACCCGUGCAGCAGGGUGCAAGGAGGCAGAGAAGGUUGGGGGUGAGAACGGUGCAGAAGUUGUGAAACAAGGGAUGAGACUCCCAAGAGGGCUUGGAGGAGAGCAAGAAACAGAGAUCAAGGCAGCCAUGGAAGAAAGCCAGAGCUGGUUAGGAAGUGACAUGGGCACAAACACCCAAUCACCAGAGUUAAAUAAUCAGAAGUUGAUGGGGAAUGAGGGUGGAAAAGAAGUUCAGGCCCCAGAGAAGAGAAGUCUGAGAGAACCUGGGGAUGAUGAUGUAAAGACCCAGAGCACCGGGAGCAAGAACCAGGGACAAUUUACUGAAGCUGGAGGGAGCCGUUCUACAAGGUGGAGGCGCUGGGAACAGACUAGAGAAGGGAAGGCUUCAGCAAAUGGGGCACUGGAGAAGACAAACUGGAGCAAGACUGGGAGUGAGGAUGGUAGAAAGACCCAGAAAGCCAGGAGAAAGAAUCAGAGAGUGUUAAGUAAAGUUAAUAGAAAGACCUACUUGUUAGCGUGGAAGACCCAGCAAAAAUUCAGAGAUGGGAAUGAUGUAGAAAUUCAAAAACAAGGGAAGAGAAACUUGAGAAAUUUCCCAGGUGAUGGUGGCCCACAGACCCAAGCCUUGGUGGGAGAGGGCCAGAGGCAGUCAGUGUGUGAAACUGAUGGAAAGAUUCAGACACAGGGGCAAAAAAUACAGAGCAAGGGUAGAGAUGCUGAUGCAGAAAUCCAGGAUGUAGGGGCCCAGAGAAAAUGCAGAGUUGAGGAUUCUGAAGUGUCUCAUACACGGAGGAGAGGAGACAAGGGCCAGGUCAGAAGAAAGGAUGCUGUCAGGCCCAGUUUCCAAGGUGCCUCUUCUGCAAGAGUGGGGCCCAUAGACAGGAAGUACAGCUUGGCCCAGCCUGCUUCUCCCAUUUUUAGACACAAGCAGCCAGUGGCUAGAAAUGGUGUAGACUCUGUUCCCUAUCCCAAAAAACAUCUAAGAAGCCAGGGCACAGUCCCUGUCCCGAAGCACAGAGGUGGGGUCAGUGAAAGCUCCCAGAGGGCCCAACCUGUCUCUCAAAGAAAACAAGAAAGGGACAAAAGGGUAGACCCAGGAAAGGCUUCCAGCCUGACAUGCCAGCACCCCCAAUUUCAGGCAUCCUCUGUCUUUCCCUCUCUCCUGUGUCCCCAAGUCUCCCAAAGUACCCGAGCUCCAGCAAGUGAACCCGUUGUCCUCACCACUCUGUGCAAAUGGCCAGCCCUCAAGAAGAGUAAACAUCUGCUCCUGGAAUCCCUCAUGAAGAGGAGAAUUGCACACCUGAGGUGGGGUCUCCCUCGACGAAUCCUGGAAUCGUACUUGCUUUUUCACUUCUUAGAAUCUUGCCCUUUGCCUCGGGCUGGAGUGAGGCUGCCUGGACCACGCACAGACCAGGAACGCCAAAGGCAACAGGAACAGCAUUGUGAGUCCCACGGAUUCCCGUUAGGCCCCGAGUCUACAGGCAGGACUCAAAGCCAUGCAGUUCUUGAAAGAAAAAGCUCAAAACUUUCUACCCAAGUCCAGCCAAUGGGCUGCUCCAUGCCACCUAAGAAACCCAGGAGAAGUAGACCACCAGGGGGAGCAAGAGAACCACAGAUCCAAGAGGGGGUGCCUAAGGCCAAGAUCCCGGCUCCGGCUCCGGCUCCGGCUCCGGCUCCGAGGAAUCCUAGGCCAACAGCAGAGUCCAGGUGUGGCCCAGGACAGGUCCAAGAGCUUUCCACUGAGAGCAGCAGGGGCAGGAAAAUGGUCAGGUCUGGAGUCUCCCAUGCAGAACACAGGGCUUCCAGCAGACUGAGGGCCUCAUCCUGUACAGAAGGCCACAACCACCAGAAAAAGGAAUGCAUACCCCGGGAAGCCUCUGAGCCCCCCAGACUGAAAUGCCAGCAGCCCCCACACUGGAGAAGUGGAAGCAUGGGAGCUGUAGAGGGCAGAGGGGCCUGGCAGCCGCCUUUCCCCUGUUCUGCACAUAUCCCCAGCUUCAAAGAGAAUGUUCACUCGGCUGCAGCCAGGCUGAGCAUGACAUUCUUGAGCAAGAUGCCAUGGUUGCCGCGGCCGGCUAAGCCCCAGCACUCAGCCCCCUUUCUUACCCUGAGGAGUUCGACCCCAUUUUCUAAAGUGAGUGCCCCAUAUACAAGGGAGUACAGCACCAGAGUCCCCACUGCUUUGGAGAGGGACCUUGAGCCACCAGGGCAUUGCUGUACAGGGGUACCGGUUCCCAAGACAGAGAGUUACCAGGAACAUGAGACACCUGGGAAGUCAAAUAGGGCACCCAGAAAUCCAGCAGACUCACAAAGGUUUGGAUUUAUGAGGCACUUGAGACAUUUUCUCACACAGUGUGGCCUUAAAAAGUAGGCCACAGGCCCAAAGUGCUUAGGGCAUGUCAGAGAAGGCAUGAGAGUGACCUGUUUAGGCCCGGAGCCUCUAAUAAAAUCGGUUAUUUGGAUCCUG